ACAGCCGGUCAAAACCGCUAACUCAAUCAGCCAUUCUACAGUCUUUCCGCCCAUUUUUAUGCUACAGUACCCGUGUGAGAUUUGGACCGCACAUUAAAAGCUUCCUGCGUACACAUCUAGAGAGAGAGAGAGUAUGGAGGAAGGAAGCUUUCCUUUAGAUCCACCUGUUCUUUCUUCUCUUUCUUUGCAGCCGGCUUCACCGUCUUCGAUCAGACGUGCGCUGUCUCACUUCUCAAAUUGGAGGUCGACGAUCGCCGUCCAGUUUUCUUUCUCCUGCGUUAAAUUGGGAGACAUAUUGUAUCCCAAAUUGCUGCUCCAACGCUCCUUCCAUUGGAAGUCGAAAGAUGCUUGCGAUGAAGAAGAAGGCAAAGAGCUCAACCGGCGGCGCGUUGAGGAAUUGAGUCUGACUUGCGACGCUGGAAUUCCGGCCGUGCAGCGUGGACAAGGAGGGGGUGGGGAUAUUUGGGGUACACCUUUGGUAAAGGUGUACCCCCAGCAUUUUUCCAAAAAAAAUGGUUCCCGAUUGUACCGCCUGAUUUUAAGUGGUUUAUACUAGUUCUUGGCGGUUUGAUAAAUGAAGCGGUCCAAUAGGCUAACGCAGACAGAUGCGGCGACCGAUUCACAUGUUCACUGUCUGAACCAAAACAUGUGAGUUAGAUACACUUAUUAAAUUGACGUACUGUUCAUUAAGAACAUAGUAUUCAUUUUCACACAUUUGUUCAUUACAAUAAUAAUAUUUUUUUACGAAUAACAUAGUGUUCAUUCU